CUUCUCCUUCCAGGCGGUUAACUAUCGCAUUCUUUAGCUGAUCCUUUCAGAAGAGAAUUCGAACAACAAAAUGUUCCCCGGGAUUGCUAUUCUCACUUUCUGUUUAUCUGCCCUCUUAGCUUCGGCGACACCGUUCAAAGAGCGUUCAGGAGCACCCAUCAAUGGCAUGACUCUCUCCGUCGACUCUGGCAAAUUAUGCGAAGGUCACCAAGUCAAUAUCUCUUGGGGAGACACCAGCCUCGGUGCAUCGCCAUAUCAUCUUCAAAUUGGUAUUGGAGGAUACUACACCGGGGUCAACUGGACCAACUCGUUCGAUAACGUUACUGAAUCAUCCUUUCUCUGGAACGUCAGUAACCCUGCCAAAACGUCGCUUGUCUUCCAAGUGUCUGAUGCCCUCAACGCGACAACCUACGUCCAGAACCAGAUUGUCCGACCGGGCAACUACUGUGACAUCGCCACUCAGCCAUCGCACACCGUCACGCCAGUGGCUUCCUUCGUGAAACCGAUUGUCACUGUGCCAACUAUUUCUUCCGAUCAGAAUCGGGUUGAUCAGGUCGACCCUCCUAUUCCUGUUUCAAGUCUCUCACCCAAGAAGUCUUGUCACAUCCGGAAAUCGAAACCAAGGAAUGUCAACAAUGUCAAUCGAUCGGUAGAUUCGGGUCUGGGUCAGAGGACCGCCCACUGA